CUGCCUCUCAUAAGUGAUCCCCUCCCCUGUUUUCUCUCCUUUUUCAUCAAACAAUUAAGAACUUUGAUUGCUUAUCAAUAUCAUCCAGUAAUCAAAAUGGGUGAUAGGCCUUGGGAUGAACUGAUGCCAGACACAUUAGGUUUGAUAUUUCAAAAGCUUCCAAUUGAUGAAAUAGUAAAUGUAAUCCCAAGUGUGUGUAAAUCAUGGGCCAAGGCGGUUCGAGGCCCUUAUUGUUGGCAGGAGAUCGAUAUCGAGGAGUGGAGUCGUUAUCGACGACCUGAAAGCAUUGAUCGAAUGCUUGUAUUGCUGAUUGGAAGGAGCUGUGGUUCAUUGCGCAAACUAUGUGUCUAUGGCUUAGCAUCUGAAAUGAGUUUAUCCUUAAUAGCUGAUCAUGCCAAGUCCCUUCAGAAUCUCCGGCUGCCAAGAAGCGAAAUAAGCGACUCAAUGGUGGAACAAGUUACUACAAAGCUUUCUAGCCUCACUUCCUUAGAUUUGAGCUACUGCACCAAAAUUGGAGCUCCUGCUCUUCAAGCAUUCGGAAAGCAUUGCAACCUUCUCACUAGUUUGCAGAGGAACAUGCACCCUUGGGAUGUAACAGAACGCAUGAACCAGGACGCAGAAGCAUAUGCUAUAUCUGCAACAAUGCCUCAACUCAAGCACCUCGAAUUGGCGUACUUGAAUGUUACAACAGAUGGCGUUCUUCAGAUUAUUAAAAACUGCCAAGAGCUCGAGUUGCUGGAUAUCAGAGGUUGUUGGAAUGUAAAACUCGAUGAAGAAUUUCUAAAGAAACGUACAAAGUUAGAGGUAGUGGGACCUCUAGUUGUGGAUUACUGUGGCAAUGUGAAAGAUCAUUUGAAUCUCUACCAUGGUUCCUCGAGCUUCUGGGCAUGGGGUUUUGCCGAAAUGGAUGAGUAUGAUGAUGGUAGUGAUGAUGCUGCUGAUAUGUCCGAUGAUAUCUGGGACGAUGUGCAUGAGAUGCAGGACUUAGGGUUGGUGGCCUAUGAAGAUGUGUUUGGUUAUUACUGAAAGUAGAAUGUCUUCAUAAACUUCUCUGGUUUUUCACAAAAAAGAUUCAUCGUUGGCUCGAAAUUUGAAGUCUUGGUGUGCAUUGUGACUAAAGUGGGGUAAAGUUUUUUCACCAUUGAUGUAGAUUUUAUUUUCUUUCACUGAUUUCUAUAUCUAUUUAAGAUGUAUUUUCUGGUUAAUUAGGGAUUGGCAGUAAACUGUAUCACAUGCUUCAUAAGCAGAAUGUAUAUUUAGUCUUUAUGUAUUACUAUAUGUGGCUAUGUUAGUAAUGUAAUAUAGUUUUCGGUA